AUGGAAAUCGUGCCUGAGGGAAAAAACUUCCGAUUGGUAACAAAAGACGAGCUCCCUGCGGUGGCCGAUAUAUUAGUGCAGUAUAUGCCUGAAUCUCUAAAGUUCCAUCAGACGAUUCAAACAUAUCUAAACAACAAAGUGUGGGACUUCCAUUUUUAUGUAGCAAAAAAUUGGCCAGAAGAUCCGAUUUGCCUGCACUUUCCUGGCUGCACCAGUACGCCAAACAGCCAUCCUUAUGAAAGUGUAACUAUAUUCUGUCCAUCGGAGCGUGCCGAUUUGGUCGACCUAGUCACUACUGAGGACAUCUUGCUAGAUCUCACCAAGCCACUGUACCUGAAUUUUACUCACGAAGCCAUCGUGAAUCGCUUCGAGAAACGUUAUGAGGCUCAAGACAAGAUCACCGGCGAUGUCUAUGUCUGUGAUAACCCUCCUACAGAUAGCAAUGAACAACUUCCACCGGACGUGGAGUUAGUUCGCUUGCAGCCCGAGCACAUGCAAGCCGUGCACGAUCUGUAUCCGGCGAGUGACAUAGAAUGUAGAGAGGUAUUUGAAAAGCUCGUCGCUGAAUUGCCCGCCUACGGAAUCUUCGUUGAGGGACAACUCGCCGCCUGGAUGGUGCAGUCGUAUUACGGAGCCAUGUUUUCGAUGCAAACUCGACCCGAAUUCCGCCGAAAAGGCUACGGGAUCUAUCUAGCCAGGCGCCUCACGAAGGAGGUAGCCGCGCGUGGCUACAAGCCGUUCGUUAUGAUUCGUCCGGAAAACGACGCGUCUCGUUCUCUCUAUUCCAAACUCGGUUUCGAGAAACGUUUCCGAACGGUCCGCGCCGUCUUGCAUCCGCGCUAA